AUGCUUUCUCUGCUCCUUCACGUGCGGAUGAGGAAUAUUCUCCCUGAGAUGCUGCUGCUGCUGCAGAUGAUCUUGUGCGUCUCGCCUCUGAUCGGAGCGGCUCCCUCUCAGACCACCGAGCAGCUGGACACGGGAGUGGACUGGCUGAGCAAGUUUGGCUACCUCCCGCCCCCUGACCCCGUCACGGGCCAGCUCCAGACCAAGGAGGCUCUGACCAGGGCCAUCAAGGCCAUGCAGAAGUUUGGAGGGCUGAAAGAGACCGGGGUCUUGGAUCAAGCCACCCUGGGACUAAUGAAAACACCCAGAUGUUCCCUGCCAGAUGUGUCUGAGGCUGAGGGAACGAUGGGACGCAGGAAGCGAAGCCCGACUCCCCCGAACAAAUGGAAUAAAAGACAUCUGUCCUGGAGGGUGAGGACCUUCCCCAAGGAUUCGGCCUUGCUGGGCAGAGACACGGUUCGAGCCCUGAUGUACUACGCCCUGAAGGUGUGGAGCGACAUCGCGCCGCUGAACUUCCACGAGGUGGCGGGCAGCGACGCCGACAUCCAGAUCGACUUCACCAAGGCCGACCACAACGACGGCUACCCCUUCGACGGGCCGGGGGGGACGGUGGCGCACGCCUUCUUCCCCGGAGAGAGGUUCACAGCUGGAGACACGCACUUCGACGACGACGAGGCCUGGACCUUCAGAUCUCCAGACUCUCACGGGAUGGAUCUGUUCGCGGUGGCGGUCCAUGAGUUCGGCCACGCCAUCGGUCUGGUCCACACAUCGGCCAUCGAGUCGAUCAUGAGGCCGUACUACCAGGGUCCCGUGGGAGACCCUCUGAAGUAUGAUCUACCCUACGAGGACAAAGUCCGCGUCUGGCAGCUUUACGGUGUCAGAGACUCAGUGUCCCACACAAACCAACCAGGCAGCUCCUCUCAGACAGCUGAGCCCCCCGUCCUGCUGGACCUUCCUGAGAACAGGUCCAACAUCCUACUGGCACGCGAUGCCCCCGACAGAUGCACCAGUCACUUUGAUGCAGUGGCCCAGAUACGAGGGGAGGCCUUCUUUUUCAAAGGGAAGUAUUUUUGGCGGCUAACGAGAGAGAAGCAUCUGGUGUCGCUGCGUCCUGCUCAGAUCCAUCGCUUCUGGAGAGGCCUCCCAACCAACCUGGACAGCGUGGACGCUGUCUAUGAGCGGCCCGGCGACCACAAAAUAGUCUUUUUCAAAGGGCUAAAAUAUUGGGUGUUUAAGGACAACAUCGUGGAGGAGGGUUACCCCCGUCCAAUCAGUGACUUUGGUCUGCCACUGGAAGGCGUGGAUGCCGCCUUUGUUUGGCUUCACAACGACAAGACCUACUUCUUCAAGGAUAACCGCUACUGGCGCUACGACGACCACCUGCGCCGCAUGGACCUGGGCUACCCUAAAGACAGCAACCUGUGGAAGGGACUCCCUUCACAACUGGACGACGCCAUGAGGUGGUCAGAUGGCUCGUCCUAUUUCUUCAAAGGGAAGGAGUACUGGCGAGUGCCGGGCAGCGACAUGGAGGUGGACGCGGGAUUCCCCCGCCUCAUCGCUAAGGACUGGCUGCUGUGCACCGAGAUGCAGGCGGACUCUCCGGACGCCGAGCCCAAAAACACAGAGACCAGGGUGAACGUGCACCGGCACCCGGACCAUGCGGAGAACGGGUACGAGGUGUGCUCCUGCACCUCGGACACCGCCUCGCCUUUAGGCACCCACCUCUCCCCGUCCCCCGUGUGGCUGCUGCCGCCCCUCUGGACGCUCUCGCUGGCCCUCCGAUCCGAACCUCUAUGAUGAUAAUACAAUCCUGAAGGACCAGCAGAUAGACAGACAACUGCAAGACAUUGCUAUUAUUCUAGAACUUCAUAUCUUUUUUUUCUCUCUAUUUUUAAUGUUAUUUAUUUUACAUGGAAUUUGGUGCCAAGCAGAAGUAAGUUCUUAAAUGCACCCGCCCACUCAUCUUUUACCAGGUUUUCUGUUAUUGACACAAGAUGCCAUAUCUUUACAGAGAAAGACAUUACUGGUUUGCUUUGGAAACUUUUUUUUAAAUCUAUUUGCAACAAGUUUUCAGCACCAAAGCAUCAAAGGCAAAGAGGUGACCACUAAGCCAACACACAUUUGGUAGAGUAUUUGAUUUAAGAGAAGUGUUACAGGGUU